AUGAAAGUGCUGGAUGAGGAUGAAGAAACUUUCCUGAACAAGCUGGAAGAGGAGCUGUCGGUGUCCGUUGGCAAGAGCGGCGGCGAGAUGGCUCCACAGAAGGGUUCCAUCUUCAAAGAGCGAGAAACGAAUUUCCGCCCUGUGAGGAGCGAGAAGAUCAGUGCGUCAGAGGCGAAGCAACGGCUGUCGAGUCUGGCCAUAGCAAAGCCGAUCGGUGAAGAUGCAGCUGCUGAAUCAUCAUGGAAGCAGAGCGAAUUUGAAUGGCAGCCAUUGGAUCAGAUCGAGAAGUUUGUGUUGAGCGGCCCCAAGAGCCGUGCGGAAAUCUCGCAAGAUGAUUCGUGGGCUGUUGAGGAUGUCGAUGAGCUUCUGAACGCUACCAAGACAACGCAAGAGCACAAGAGCGCUGGCAUUGAGAGCAACGAAAAGGUGGAGCAGGAGCUGUUGACCGAUGUGAACGUGUAUGACUUGCCGUCGAAUGAUCAGCAGCAGGACAGAACCAGGACAGAUGAUCUCUUUGUGCCGUCGUUCGAGAGGAAGCGAUACGUGCUCAACACGACAGGAAGGAAGGAUAUCUUGGACUUCUCUGACGAGGAUGAGCCGAAAGAACUUCCGAAGAUUGUCCCCCCCAAGUGUGCUGCACUGGAGAAGACCAAGAUGAUUUCUCACGUUCCUUUUGCUUCUGAAUUGAGCAUAAGAAAUAGGGAUCAACUCAGUCAUCACUCGAAAUUGCUGGGGAAGCAGUUGGUGGAGCCCAACGAGAUCAAACGGCGACUGUCCUCUCUCGCUCAAACCGAUUCCUCUCGCUCCCAUCUGAACUUCACGCUCCUUGGAAGGGAGGAGAAGCAAGACGAUCAUGGCAAGCGAGACAUCCUGGCAAACAAUGCUGUGCGAUCCCCCAAGGGUUUCGGAGUGCCGAUCAUGCGACGUGCUGAUCAUUCCGUUCUUCAAGCGUCUGCAAGGAAUGUCAUGGCAAACCUUCCUGCAGCCACAGACAAGGAGAAUACGCCGGCAAGCUCGGGGCAAGACAACGUGCGGCAGGCUGGUGGUGGACGCGAUGGGCAGAGAAGGCAGACAGAGAGGCUCGGAGGUGAGGAUGGCCAGCUGAGGUCAACGACGUUGGAGAUGAAGGAAGGGAAGAGGCUGGUUCCGCAUCCUCCUCCUGCUCCAAGAGCCGAUCGCAAUGCUGCCAGAGCUCCGGGCCAUGUCAGAGGACCGACGAUGGACAGGACGGGUGUGGCCAUGGACGUGAUGAACGAUGAGAAGGAGAGGAUGGUGAAGGAACAGAGUCCGAGCGGGAAUGAGCAGCAGGAGCAACCUGACAGGGCAUCUGCUCCUGUCCUGCGGCCGACUCCUCCAGCAAGAGGUCGGCAGGGGCAGGCGGCAGUGCGGCUGGCGAUAAAUCGCAAGGUGGAAAGGAUGCAGCUGGGCGACGAGCGAGAAGAGGAGGGGACGGGAGGAGAGGAGAAGAACGAGGCGGAUGAGCUGAUGAGCAGGAGAAAGAGAAACAUCCUCCUCAAGUGGUGGAGGCAGGAGGCCAGAGCGUUGGCUCAAGUGACGGCUUCCAACGAAAGGGAGAGGAGGGAGAGAAGGGAGGCGGAGAACUUGAAGACGGCGGAUGAGAUGCUUGACAGGGUCAAACAAACCCUCUUGCAGAUCAAUGACCGGUUGUUCGACAUGGCGAUCAUUCAGACCGCAGGCAGACUCCUGGAGGAGGCAGAUGCCUUCAUCAGGCAGAACAAGCUCACUGCGAGACUAGAGGCCGCCGCCUCCCUCCGCGCUCGCGUGCAGCAAGCAGAGCAGGAGGUUCACAUUUUCCGGAAAGGAGAGAGGGCGUUGCGAGUAGCCGAGGAGGCGCUGAGGGCGAGAAGGUGGAGGGAGGUGGAGGAGGAGAGUGCGAUCGCAAAGGAAGCAUUCGAGAUGACGGGAGCGCUCGACAAAGUUUUCGUCGUCUCGCAGCUGCUGCACCGAGCAGGAGCGGCAAAGAAGAGAAGAGAGCAGGAGGAGAGGGCGGAGGCCUUGCUGCAGGAGGGGGAGCUUGCAUUGAGCAGGGGGGACGUCAAAGAAGCGAAGGAGAAGGCAGAGGAAGCGAAGAAAGAGCUCGAAAAGAUGGAGGGAGGGAUGGAGAGGGUGGAGAAGCUUUUUGGGGCGAUAGCAAGGCUGGAGGAGGAGAGGAGGGUCAAGGGGUUCAGAGAGGAGGGGAGACAGGCGCUGCAGGAUGCAAGGGAGUACCUGCAAGAAGGGAACUUUGAGGAUACGAGGAUAGCGCUGAGAAAGAGCAGGAGGCUGUUGGAGGAGGGAAGAUGCGUACAGGAAUUCAGUGAGGAGCUGAUGAGGCUGGAGGAGGAGGUGGCACAGAGGAUGGAGAGAAAGGACUGGAGGGGCCGGGCCGCUGCCUGCCUGCAGGAGGCGGAGAAGAGAAUGGAGCAAGCGCUGCGAGGGGAGCUGCAGGAGAGGACGCGGCUGCUGGAGCAGAGCUUCGAGCUGACGAUCAAGUGCAAGGUCAUGAUGGAGCACGUGGAGGACGAGGAGAUGCGAGCGAAGUUGAAGCGGCUGACGAGAGCGAUCGAGAGCGCAGCGGGGAGGACGGAGAAGGCUCUGCAGCUGGAGUCGGACUUGAAGGAGGCGGAGGAGCACGUGAAGAGGAGGAACUUUGAGAUCGCGUCCAACUUUCUCCUGCGAGCCGAGCAGGUGGCGAGAGACGCUGGACUGGAUCACCGCAAGGAGGAGAUGGAGGAGCUGAGGAGGAGGAUCGAGGAGGAGAGGGGGAAAGCAGCGAAGCAGCAAGUCGUCUUGUCGAGGAUGAAGGGGAUAGAGGAAAUUCUCAACGACUUGGAAAAGGAGGAGAGGAGAAGAGCGAGCGAAGCAAGGGCAGGGCUGGACUCGCUGGCUGCGGAGAUUGCUAGUGGGGAUAUCGAGCUGAGCGAGGAGAUGGAAAAGGAGCUGGAGAAGCUGCGGCAUCGUGUGAAGCAGAGUGAGGAUGUGGCUGAGAAAGUCAAGGGGGCGGAAGAAGAGCUGGAGCUUGCGAGGGAGUUCCUGAGCAGGGAGGAGCUGAAGUUGGCGCGGAAACAUGUUCGGGCAAGCGAGGACGCGUUCGAGGAGGCGAACAAUAGAUCAGGGCGGGCGCGAGCCCAGGAGGUGAAUCAAGAGAUCGAGAAGAUGGAGAGGAAAGUUGAGAUGAGGAGGAGGCUCCAAGAGGCGCGGGAGCUGCUGACGGAGGAGGAGUUUGAGCAGGCCAAGGAGAAGGUCAGGGAUGCGAGGAGAAUGCGGGAGAAGUACUUCGGGGAGGAGGAGAAGGAGGAGGAGGAGGAGUUGAUGAACAUGAUCAGAGAGAGUGAGGAGAGGGCAAAGAUGAUCGCUCGAGCCAGCGAGCUUGUUGAGAGCUGCGAGGAGGCGAUGGGGUCGAGGAGGUUGGAGGACGCAAGGAGGCUGGCGGAGGAGGCAAGAAGUCUGUUCAGGGCGGCAAAGCUCACUGACGCGCUGGAGGAGGUGGAGGAUAUGAUGGAGAAGAUCGCAAAGAUGCGAGGAGAGGCGGAAGCGAAGGGAAGGAGCAGGGAGCUGCUGGCGGAGAGCGAGGAGGAGGUGAAACAGCUUCACUUCCACAAGGCAAGGGAGCUAGCGGAGGCUGCAAAGAGGAUGGCGAGGGGAGAGGAUGUGGAGCUGCAGGAAGCAGCUGUAAAACUUCUUGCGAGGAUCGGGGAGGAGGAGGAGCGGCAUGAGAUGCGAGGAAGGGGAGAGGAGGCGAUGGAGAAGAUCGACACGUUCUUGCAGCAGGAGGCGACGAAGGAGGCGAGGAAAGCUCUGCAGGAAGCAAAGAGCUCCUUCUCGGUCGCCGCCUGCCUGCCCAAUUUUGGUCCUCUGCUGGAGCUGGCGGAGAUCCGUAUCAGACAGGUUGAGGAGAAGCAGGAGAAGAAGAUUCGCCUGCACGCCAUGGUGGAGGAGGUCGAGGAGGCUGCCUCUUGUGAGAACUGGGAGGAAGCAAACCGACAGUUACAAGACGCCUCGUCAUGCUGUCGGGCAGCUGGGCUGCAGGAGGAGUUUGGGGAGAAGCUGGAGAUGCUGGGGAGGAUGGUGUCUGAGGGGCGAGAGGAGAAGACGCGGGUGGAGGGGGCGAGAAGAGCCAUUCGAGCAUGCGAGGAGGCGCUGGAGGGGCUGAAUGUCGAGGCGAGUAGGAUCUUUCUUGGGCAUGCCAAGGAGGCAGCAGCAGCAUGCAGGUCGCAGGGGGUGAAGGAGGAGGUGGAGGCGCUUGAGAGGAGGGUCACGAGUAGAGAAGCUGCUCACCUGCUGUUGGGGAGAGCGGAGGAGGCGAUGAGCAGCGUGCGGGCAAACUUGGAGCUGAUGAGGGUGGUGGGGAAGAGGAGGAAGGUGGUAGACGCGCGAGAGAGCCUGGAGAGCGCAAAGAAGUUGCUGCUGUGCUCGGGGGAGGACCAUAGCGCAAUGUUAGCGAGGUUGGAAAGAGAGGUGGAGGAAGGGGAGAGAUGGGCAUUGCUGUGUGAUGAGGGAGAGGAGUUGCUGGAGGAGGGGAGAAGGCUGCAAGAGCAGGGGAUGGUGGAGGCGGCGGCGGGGAGGACGGAGGAAGCGCUGAAGAAGUUUGAGGAGGCAGGGGAGGAGAGGAGCACCAGGAUGGCUCGAGAGCUGCUGACUGAGAUCGAGAGGAGGAGAUCUGGAGCGAGGGGAAAGGAGCUGAUGGAUGCGAUAAGGGAGAAGAUGGAGGAGAUGGAGUACCUUCAAGUGUGCGAGCUGUGCAAACUCGCACAAGUUGAGUUCCUGCGUGCUGGCAUGGGAGGGGAGCUAGUGGUGGUGGAGGGGCUGCUGCGAGAGGCGACGAGCCGACAGGCAAGACAGGAGAAUGCUCAGCGAGGAGAGCGAUGUCUGCUAGAGGCCAAGGCUGCAGUCUCGAGGAGGGAGAUGAAAGUUGCAAAGUCGCUGCUGGUGGAUGUGAAAACGUUGUUGCGGUUGGCGGAGGAGGGGGGGAGGGCGGAAGAAGUUUCGGAGGUGGAGAGGGAGAUCGAAGCGCUAGAGAGCUGCGAAAAGGCCAACGAGGAGCUGAAAGCGGCUGUAAGGGACGCGGGCCGUCUGAUCGCAGAGAAGGACUUUCGGUAUGCAAGGAUUGUCUUGUCUAAGGCCAAAGAUGUCGCAGUCAGAGCAGGUUGGAUCUAUGAGGGGUGUAGGGCAGAGCUUGAAAGCUGCGAAGAGUUUCUGAGAGAAGAAGAGAAGCGAUGGGAAAGACGGCAAGAAGGGGAAAAGAAACUCAAGGAAGCCGAAUCGGCUUACAAACACGGAGAGCUGGAGAUGGCGCUCAAACUUGUAGAAGAAGCAGAAGAACUUUAUGCUGGGGUAGACGAGGAGGAGGCAAGAAAUGCUGUAGAUGUCCUCCGAACAAGAAUCCAAGAAAGAUCAGAAGCGCUGCUAUCCGAAGGCAAGCUCGAAGAUGCAGCAGAGCUGGCCAGGGAGGCCCUUGCAAAGAUGAGAGGAGAAGACAAGCCGGACCUGAAGGGGAAAGCAGAGAGAGUGAUCGAGACCGUGGAGUUGAGACUGAAGCAGUCAAGCUGGAAGGAGGUGUACCUCAAUGCGAUCAGGAAGGGAAAGAAAGCCUUGGAGGAUGGAGAUGUAGAGGAAGCAGACAGAGCAAGUGCAGGAGCGAGUACAGCACUACACGCUUCAGGACAGAGCGAUUCCCUUGAACUGAAGGAGCUCGAAGAGAUGAUAAAGAGGAAGAAGAUGAGCCAACAAGCAAGACAACUCAUUGCACAAAUGGAGCAUCUCAUCGCUAACAACAACUUGGAAGAAGCAAGAAGUCUGCUCGUCAGGACAGUCGAACAUCUUCGAGAGUCAGACAUCAAAGAGAAAGAUCAGAUCAUAUUCGAUCUGAUGAACAACAUCCACAGAGCGGAGCAGGCAGACAAGGUGAACAAGCAGAUUGCGCGGCUGAUUGAAGAAACAGAACAAUGCUUCAAUGAGCAAAGAAUAGUUGAGAUAUUCUGGACACACUGCAAUCUUGGAAGAAACGCAUCAUGGACAGAUGAUGUCCGUUGGAAAAUCGAGGAGGUGGAGAAGGUGAUCGAGCAAGUGAAAGGGACAGGAUGUGAAGAUGAGGAGAAGUAUCUUCGACACAAGAAGAGGACAUCAGAAGUAAUCGAGAAGUGCAAUGAGCUCGAGCUGCGCAAGAGGAAGCGAGCGGAGGGAAUCACCCUCCUGUCGGACGUGCAGUCAGCGAUCAAGGCCGAGGACGACAACACUGCAAGUGGCAAGCUGCUCCGAGCUCGGAGCAUCUUCACUGACUUGGAGGACGGGGAGAUGAUCGUCAUGGUGGACAAGAUGGAAGAGCAGAUUGGGGAGCUGAAGAGAAGGAUGAGGGUGAAGGAUUACAUCGACGCUGCUGACGCCUCCCUCCGAGAUGCUGCCAGGGCGAUCGCCGAGCAGUGUCUAGUUCCAUUCUUCCUCCUCUAG